AUGUGGAUGAAGAUGACGGGGAGAGACAACGAGAGCUGCCUGCAGGCAUUCAUCUUGGUGGGCUUUUCCGAUCGUCCUCGACUAGAGAUGGUUCUCUUUGUGUUUAUCCUGGUCUUCUACAUCCUGACCCUGGUGGGCAACACUGCCAUCAUCCUCCUGUCGGUCUCAGAUGCCAGGCUCCACACACCCAUGUACUUCUUUCUUGGCAACCUGUCUUUCCUGGACCUCUGCUUCACAACCAGCAUUGUGCCCCAGCUGCUCUGGAACCUUUGGGGUCCAGACAAGACCAUCACCUACCACGGCUGUGAGGCCCAGCUGUACGUCUACAUGGUCCUGGGCUCCACGGAGUGUGUCCUCCUGGCCGUCAUGUCCUACGACCGCUACGUGGCUGUCUGCCGGCCGCUGCUAGUGGCCCACUGUCUGUGUGAGAUGCCUGCUCUCAUCGCCAUGUCCUGGGAGGACACCAUGCUGGUGGAGGCGUUUGCCUUUGCCUUGGGGGUUGCCCUUCUCCUGGUGCCCCUCUCUUUGAUCCUCCUCUCUUAUGGCUUGAUCGCUGCCUCCGUGCUCAGGAUCAAGUCAGCGUCGGGGCACAAGAAGGCCUUCAACACCUGCUCCUCUCACCUGGCGGUGGUCUCCCUCUUCUAUGGGACCAUCAUCUACAUGUACCUGCAGCCAGCCAGCAGCUACUCCAAAGACCAGGGCAAGUUCCUCACUCUCUUCUACACCAUCGUCACGCCCAGCGUCAACCCUCUCAUCUACACUCUGAGGAACAAGGACGUGAAGGGGGCCAUAAAGACACUCCUCCGCACCAGGGAGAGCGGAAAGGUGAUGAGACUAUGUGGACGUCAGCGUCUGCCUGAGACAAGCAUGUUCAGGGCAGGGAGGCACAGGAAGGCUGGCUGUAGUGGCCUCGUGCUGAGUGCAAUGUGA